GGGGGAAAACAGGCACGCUUUUUUAUCUCUAUGGUUCGUUUCCCGGCGCUCUCCGCUGUGGUACAGAAGCGGAAGUAGCGGCACGUGGGUUUGCCUUCUGUCGGUGGUGACCAUGGGUCGAGUUAAGCAUCAGGAAUCGGGGGAAGUGCCGGAGCCCGAGGCCACGCCAGAAAGGUCAUACCAUGAACUGGCAGAGAACGUGAACGCGAUCGCGCGGCCGCUGGCUUCUCGCAAACUAACGCGCAAGCUGUACAAGUGCAUCAAGAAAGCGUCGAAGCAUAAACAGAUCCGGCGUGGGGUGAAAGAGGUCCAGAAAUUCCUCAACAAAGGCGAGAAGGGGAUCACAGUUCUUGCAGGAGACACACUUCCUAUUGAUGUCUAUUGCCACAUCCCCAUCAUGUGUGAAGACAGGAGCCUUCCAUAUGUUUACAUCCCCUCCAAAACGGACUUAGGAGCAGCUGCAGGUUCAAAACGCCCAACAUGUGUUAUCCUGAUCAAGCCCCAUGCGGAAUAUCAAGAAGCCUAUGAUGAGUGUUUGGAGGAGGUGGAGGCUCUUCCUCUCCCUUUGUGAAAAACAUCAGCUAGAUCUUCACAUCCACAGCUAUUCCAGGCUGAUACUCCAAACUAAUUGUAUAUUCAACAAACCAAUUUCUAAUUUAAAUUAAUAAAAGUGCAAAUUGUAGGCACUGGUUUUUGUACCUGCAGUUUCAUGCUAUUUAUUUGAGCCCUGCAAAGAAAAAUGGUCUCAGCUAGAAAAGCUAAGUUCAGGCUUUAAUCAACCCUGACUUAAACUCUAGCAGUUGUUUAAUAUUAUUUUCCAGCCUAUCUCCAAGGCAGUUUUCCCUCAUUAUGCAUUUGAAUCUCUAAGUCAGAUUCAAAAUCCUUGUUAAUGAUCCACACCCCAAUUCCUCUAUAUCGGAACCUUUCUAAUACCAUUGCCUAAAAUGCUUUACAUAGUCAGUUCCUGAUGUAUCUGUUACCUUAAUGAGUACUUGCAGGUGUCAUGGAUUGUCAGCAAUAGAGGAAACGGUUGCAUCGUAUUUUCUAUAUAAUAGAUUGUAUACCCACUUUGAAGGAUGUCUUAAUGGUAGCUAAUAUUCUACCAGCUUUCUUCCCUGUACAAAGUCACGUAGUUCUUCCUGUUCCUACUAAUUCACAAUGGAUAAUAUAGCUUAGGUAGGAAGAAUAACACCACUCACAUGUGCUUUUAUCUGUCAUCAAGUAUGGAUUUUUCAAUAUAGUGUUGUCCCUGCUGUGCCAGUUUUCCACUUGUAAAGCGGUUGUUCUUUUGAUCAGGAAACAUUACAUCUUACUACUCGGACCUUGUUUCCUGAAGUGCUGUGUUGUGUAGUAGUACACAGAGGGAACAAACACCACAUUUGUAAAUGCCUGUAGGACUGCUAUUUCCCCAUC